UAUACUAUUUAAUGUUGUUUUUUAUACAUAUCAUUUUCAUUCGCUGCCACAAAUAAAAAUGUAUUGAAUAAUCAUUAAUGCUAAGUUUAAAAUGGUCUCAACCCAUGAAAACUGGAUACGAAUAUUUGAUAUACCAGAUAUAAGUAAACAUAAGAAUGGAUUUACUAUUUACAAAGUGGUGUCAAUGCUUUAUCCAGAGUCUUGCCCUGACGCAGUGACAAAGGUUACAGUAUGGAAACGUUUUAAUGAUUUUAAGAAAUUGCAUCGAGAUUUAAAGGUUUUGCACAGAAGACUCAGUUUGAAAAAUAAAUAUCCUCCUUUACCGACAAGAGCCCUAUUUAAACGUUUUGAUGAAGAAACAAUAAAAGAACGAAGACAGGGUAUUUUGAAUUUUUUGGAAUACAUAGGCAGUGUCUCCCAAUUAUUCACAUCAACAGAGUUUGUUAAGUUUUUGGAAACAAGCCACACGCCAGUUGAACACUUGCACAGCAAUAUUAAUACAAUUCGUGCAGAAUUAAAUUUACCUGAGGAUCCCGAGGUAUGUACAUAUUUAUCAAAAUCUGAUGACGAAAAGACCACUAGCGAUACAGAUUCGAUUACAACUAUCAGUAGCUUGAGUCCCUCAAUCCAGCCUGACUUUUUUCCCGAAACCCUCAGUCAUAAUUUGCCUCACUCAAACUUGAAAAAAUUAAGUUCCUGCUUAUCAAUAAAUUCACAAACAUCUUCCAAAAAUUCGGAUUCAUUAAGUGUUACAACUAUGUUAGACAACUUGACAUUAAUAGAUGGUCAGAUUUAUCCUACACCUCCGAAUACACCAGGGUCUUUAGUGGCAAGUGGCUGCAUGCAGUAUAUUAUUGACGCUUCUGUCCACAUCAAUUUAGCAACUGAACUAGAAAACAGUAAAAAAUAUGAAGAGGCGUUCGCUGCAUAUGAAACAGCAAUUGAUAUUUUAUUAAAAUACGGAAAGGAUGAUCCAAACUAUAACCACAGACAAAUGGUGCGAUACAAAGCAAAUAAAUAUCUAAUAAGAGCUGAAAAAAUAUUUAAUAUGUAUUUGGCGCCUGAAGUCAAGAAUCUUCAGUUAGUUGAAGAAACUCCAGAGCAAGCUACAACUAAAAGACCAUUGUUUGAUUUAUAUAAAUUUAAAGUUGUUAAAAUUAUUUCUUCGGGAAUGUUAGUACUUCAUUCUGAACUGCAGCAAUUAUUUUACAUAAAGGUCAUCCAUAAAACCACUGAAUUUUUAAAUGAAAACUUGGUAUUACCUGAAAAUGUGCCUUACAUGGUAAAACUUCAUUACCAUUACAAUUGUGAAAAUGCAUUAUUUUUAGUUUUAGAAUAUUGUAGUGGUGUACACCUAUCUGAAUAUUUGAGAAGGCAAUCGACUCUUGAUGAAGUCACUACGAAGAAAGAAAACCAAAUACUGAAGCAAAUACAUGACAUGUCCGAUGACAAUGAUUCCGAACUUAGUUUUUCUGAUCUCAUAAACGAAUACACAAGCAACCGCUUAAAAAAUGUAAGUGUUGCAAGGGAUUUGGAACAAAAGUCGUCAAGCAGCGACGAUAGUUAUGUUAAAGUGGAUUUGGAAGAUAAAUUGCCAUAUAAUAAUCAAAGUACAAAAAAUUCAGGUGGAAAAUGUUUAAAGGAAAAAGAUGAAGAAUUUAAAUUGCUGUCACCUCUUGAUACUACAUCAACAGAGGUGGUACAAAGUGACGACAUCGAAAGAGGUGAAAGUCACAAAAAAAACGUUGAAGCCAGUGAGGAAGUUCAUUCUAGUCAAAGGAAAGAUAGUGAUUUAACUAAUUUUGAAGAGAGUUUUGAGACACAUUCGGUUCUAGCAGAAAGAACCAUUGUAAAGUGGGCGGCACAGUUGCUGCUAGCUCUAGAAAAAUUACAUGUUUUGGGAGUUAUUUGUAGAGACCUGGAAAUUAAAAAUUUACUUUUGGAUGAGAAUAACAAUCUAGUUCUGACAUACAUGUGCAACGUUAAAGACUUAUGUGAUUUAUUUUCUAACGGCAUAAAUCAUAAUCUAGCACCCGAAGUGUAUAGCCAUCAUGAAAUUACCGCUGCAGUGGAUUGGUGGAGUUACGGAGCUAUACUGUACGAGUUGUUAGUUGGAAUGCCACUGUCCGAAGUACAUCCGAAUGGUUUAAAUUCUUUCUCUCAUUUGAAAAUACCAAAAUAUGUGUCAGCCGAAGGUAGAUCCAUAUUAAGACAGCUUCUCAUUUAUGAACCACACGACAGACUGGGUACUGGCUUAAAUGGGAUAGAAAAUAUUAAAUCCCAUCCAUUUUUUAAUUCGAUUUCAUGGGAUUCACUUAUUUCAGCACUUCAGUGAUUAUCUAAUUUUGCAAAUAUAAGAAUAAUUUAGCGUUGUACCAAAUACAAAUUUUAUGCUGUUAUUACAUCAUCUGUAUUAUAUCUGUAGUAUAUAGCUUGCAUAAAAACUGAAGGGUUGUAGCUCUUACAGAAUAUUCGAUAUUGUAUUAUACAUCUUCAUAGUAAAUUUUGUUAUUAAUUUAGGAUGUGGACAUAUUAAUUUGUUUUUAUUUUGUUAGACUGACUAUUUCUUAUGUUUCGUUUAUUUUACAUUCCCUUUUUGUUUUUAUAUAUAUUCAAUAAAUCAGUAUUUUUU